AGCUUGACCUGAGGGCGUUCUCCUUGUCGCCGUGGAAAUGCUGAAAGAAAGGUGAAUAUUGUGGCAUUUUCAGAGCGAUCUUCGUCGUGCAGAGUACGGAGGAGGGUGGAGAGAUUGCUUCCGAGUAUCGGCUGAAUUUUGCUUUUUCGACGUCAAGAUUGCUCAGAAUUAUUACAGAGAGAAAGAAAGAGAGAGAGAGAUAGAGAGAGGAAUGGCGGGAGGUAGACGGCGGGGGAGGGGAGCGCUAGGGGCGGCGGCAGUACUGUUAGGGUUUUUCAUAUUCUCCCUGUCCGUGGGCGUGGAGGGUUCGAUCCACGAGUACGAGGAAGGGACGUUCACGCCUCAGACGAAUUCCUUCUUCUUCCAUGGCGGGAGCGAGGGGCUCUACGCGCCGAAGAACGCCACCUCGCCCAGUGGCAGAUCAUUCAUUCAGUUUGAGUCUGUCACCUUCAGGAGGACAAAAGAGGCUGCUGCUCAGCAUGGUGAGAUGGAGCAGAAUAAUGGCCUGAUUGAAGCAAUAAUAGUUGAAAUUAGGGAUAGGGAAAGGAUUGGUGGUAAUUACCUUAACUCUGAUGCAAUAUGCUGUACGUCUGAGCUUGCAAAGGAUAGUUCUUGUAAAAAAGGAGAGGUGAUCAUUCAUCGGAAUUCUGACAACCCAGACUGGCCAAUGCGUAUAAGGACAUCUUUUUCUGGAUCUGAUGACGAGGCUAAAAUGGAGACAACAACUGUGUACAUAAACCACACAGGAAUGUAUUAUUUGUAUUUUAUGUUUUGUGACCCAAAACUGAAGGGAACUGUGAUUAGUGGGAAAACAAUUUGGAGAAACCCAACAGGUUAUCUUCCAGGAAAAAUGGCACCAUUGAUGACAUUCUAUGGCUCAAUGUCUUUAGCAUAUCUUGUGCUAGGAUUGAUUUGGUUCCUGCAGUUUGUUCGAUUCUGGAAAGACAUAUUGCCACUGCAGUAUUACAUUACUAUGGUUAUUGCCCUUGGAAUGUGUGAAAUGGCUCUUUGGUACUUCGAAUAUGUAAAUUUUAAUUCUACUGGUACCCGGCCUAUGGGCAUUACAGUCUGGGCAGUUACUUUUAGUGCUGUGAGGAAGACUGUGUCUCGCCUUCUUCUUCUUGUGGUAUCAAUGGGAUUUGGUGUUGUGCGACCAACCUUGGGUGGUAUAACUUCUAAAGUUGCGCUUCUUGGAUUUAUAUACUUCAUCGCAUCAGAGGCUCUUGAGCUCUUCGAGAAUUUGGGAAAUAUCAAUGAUUUCUCCAGAAAAGUUAGGCUAUUUUUUGUGCUCCCUGUUGCAGUUUUAGAUGCUUGUUUUAUUCUUUGGAUAUUCUCUUCACUAUCGAAGACUUUGGAAAAGCUUCAGAUGCGGAGAAGCACGGCAAAACUUGAGCUGUACAGGAAAUUCACUAAUUGCCUGGCUAUAUCGGUGUUGCUAUCUGUUGCUUGGAUUGGCUACGAGUUGUACUUCAAUGCAUCAGAUCCACUUGGUGAGCUUUGGGAAAGGGCAUGGCUUAUUCCAGCUUUCUGGAACAUUCUUGCUUACUUAUUACUUGCAGUCAUAUGCGUCCUUUGGGCCCCAUCUCAGAACUCUACCAGGUAUGCGUUCUCUGAGGAGAUUGGGGACGACUUUGACGAUGAAGAGGCAAUUGCAUUGACUGGAAGUGGUUCAAAAGCUUCAGGGGAAGUCCGUGAGGAGGAUAAGAUAGCAUAAAUACCAGCAUAUUUCCAAAGUGUUGCAUAUUUGGUGAAGGGGUUGAGGAACUUCCAAGUUCCAUUAUGUUGGUGUGACGUUAUCAAUGGCUGGUUGAUGGAUUGUGAUCCUCUUCUUUCCAUUUGGUUGUAGCAAAUGGCGUAUGUCCGGCUGAGGGCAACACUGAGGCAAGCUGAGGAACUCAGCCUUUAUAUGAUCCACUGUUCCAAGUCAGCACAUCUCUUGAUUACAUGCUCACAAUGUCCGAGUUCUUUCAUAUGUUUCAUUGUAACGUUGUGUUACAUGUAAUUAUUGGCAUCUCGUCAUUUUACCCAACCACCCAUAAGGCAAGGUUUUCAGGGAAUCAUAAAAUAAGAAUAUUUUCUCAAAGCAAAUUUCCGCAUACCCUUGAGCUUGUAUUUGUAGGACUAGAUGGGUAAAGUUCUUUUUUUUAUUUAAUAGCCUAUGUAAACAUUCAUUAUUUGACCAAGAGUCUUACACGGGGAGAGAAAGUGCUAUUUGCAUUGCUUUUACCGCAA